CUUCGAACAGCAUCUCGAAGUAUAUAAGAGGUCGAAGAUGGCGGUGCUUUCGAUCACCACCCACCGCAGUCAAUCACUCUUCGUCCCAGUUCUUGUUCUUCAGCUGCUCAUUGCUCUUGUUUCCCGUCACUGUCAUCAGCUGUCAAGAUGAAGUCUUCCAUUGUCUCUGCUAUCCUCGGAGCUUCUCUGCUUGCUCAGCAGAGCGUUGCUCAUCCAGGCGAAAGCCGCGCUGAGCUGCAGAAGGAGGUGGAAGAACGCUCCACGUACCUGAGCACACACAAAAGAUCGCUCGCUCACUGCGCGGAUGCGCUCAAGGCUCGGGGUAACGAUGUCGCUAUGCACGCUCGCCGAAGCGCUAUGGUUGAGAAGCUGCGCAAGAAGCGAUCUAUUAGCCAGGACAAGCCUUACCUCCGCGCUCGCGAUAUCGACGAAGUCCUCGCCACCGACCACCAUUCCAACCUGACCGGCAUCACGCCCGACACUGACCCGUCAGUCCUUUUCGCCGGGAACAACAGCUGCAUCCUCACUCCAGAGGUCACACAAGGCCCAUAUUGGGUCUCGGGUGAACUUGUUCGCGAGGACAUCACCGAGGACCAGGAAGGUGUUGCGUUGACUCUCGACAUUCAAAUCAUCGACGUAAACACCUGCGAGCCCGUGCCGCAAGCCUAUCUAGAGAUUUGGCACUGCAACUCGACUGGUGUCUAUGGCGGUGUGGUGGCGAGCGGUAACGGCAACUCGAAUGUGUCGGACAAUCUUAACGCUACCUUCCUGCGUGGUGUUCAGCCGUCUGACGAUAGUGGUGUCGUUACGUUCGAUACUCUCGUCCCUGGGCAUUACACUGGUCGCACUAACCACAUCCACGUCAUGAGCCAUCUCAAUGCAACCCUCAACUCGAACAACACCAUCUCCGGUGGUGCCAUCACCCACGUCGGCCAAAUUUUCUUCGAUCAAUCAAUGAUCUCGCUCGUCGAGGCGACUGCGCCGUACUCCAGCAACACGCAAGACCUGACUACCAACGAAGAGGAUGGCAUCAUGUCCCAGGAAUCCGAGGGCUAUGAUCCUGUUAUGGAAUACGUUUUGCUGGGCGAUGAUGUCUCCGAGGGCGUCUUUGGUUGGAUCGCAUUCGGCAUGGACUCGUCUGUGGCUUAUAACAUCACAGCCGCAGCCACUUUGACGGAGAAUGGUGGCGUUGCCAAUCCGAAUGCUGGCGCUGGUAUGGGUGGUGGUGCGCCGCCAUCCGGUGCUGUGCCGUCUGGCAUUGCGCCGACUGCUGCGCCGUCUUCUUAAGCUGGGUGAGAUGGGGAAGAUGAGCGGUACAGACUGGUUGCGAAACGAGCAUUGGGCGCGGCGCACUGGGUGAACUUCUCCAACUGUAGCCACUC